GAGAACGCAGUUAACGCUUGUAACGCAGUUAACGCUUGUAACGUAAAGAGAACAUCAUUUAGAAGAUAUACCAAUCAAGCUCGACGCUAAUUAGAAGGCCCAAAACAAGAGAAACGAUCAACUAUUUUUUGGCGAAAAGAAAAUUAAAAUUAAGAGAAAUAAAUUGGCAACACAGGAAACUUGUGGGUAUCGCAAAGAACUUUUGAGACGUCACCAGUACACUCCCGAGAGAUUUCCCCCUCCCGAAAAAUUUCCGGCCUCCUCCUCUUUCUACUCAAGAGUCGUCCUAUUGAUUCCUCCCUUUGUCCUUUCACUCACUAACAUCAGUUAUUCAGUGUAGUAGGUGGUUACAGUUUGGUUUCCUGCAUUUCUCCGCCGAUCUUAGUUCAAAUGCAUUUUCGCUCCCGAUUUCAAUGUCUAUUACUUCCUGCCAGUCCAGAUUUCAAUUGAAGUGUGCCAAAUAUUGCUCAUGUGCUUUGUUCAUUAAAAUACUUGGGAAUUGUUGCCACUGAAAUGGGAUGAGUUAUCUUCUCUGGGUUGUUUUCUUCUUGAGGCUUAACCGAGCUUAUUGACAAAAUUGGUUUAACAAUGGAAUGCAACCAAAAAAUGGCUAUGAGGGCAAAGGAAUUGGCAGAGGAGAAAUUGCGGGCUGGGGAUUUCGCUGGUGCCCGACAGCACGCCAUGAAAGCUCAACAACUUUUUCCAGAACUGGAAAACUUAAUGAAGUUGGUAGCGGUAUGCGAUGUUCACUGUGGUGCACAGAAUAAGAUUGGUGGACUGGAGAAUUGGUAUGGCAUUCUUCAGCUAAAUCGAUUUCCCGACGAGGCUACAAUCAAGAAGCAGUAUAGAAAGCUUGUGUUGCUUCUCCACCCCGACAAGAACAAAUUCGCGGGUGCAGAAGAGGCUUUCAAGUUGAUUGGGGAAGCGUACAGAUUGCUCGCUGAUCCGACAAAACGUUCGCAGUAUGCUAUCAAGUACAGGAUCUUUUCACGGGUUUAUGCUUCUAUACAAACGAACAGGAAGUCAAAUACCAAUUCUGACAGACAGCAUGAGCCUGCAAAUUCUGAGGGGAAUCAAAAGCCAAUUAUGUUCUGGACGUGUUGUGAGCAUUGUGGAUUUAGAUGCAGGUAUUUGAGAGAGUACAUAAACACUAUAAUGUAUUGUUCCAGUUGCCAAAGAUUAUUUGUUGCUGUUGAGACCAGGACUUAUGGUGUAUCACCCAGAUCAGCCCCUUUUCAGUUUCGAAGAAAAAACGAGGUUCCAAGUCAAGGGCCAGGCAAUGUGCCUCAGCAGAACCGUAGUCAGCCUACAGGAGAACGAUCAGGAAAUGCACCGACCGAGAUGGAUACAAUCCCGAUGAAGGCAUAUCAGAAAGAUUAUACUGAAGUAAGGAAACCCGGGACAGAAAAGGGGAUUGCAAAUGGAGAUGCCAAAGUUAGUAAAGCCGAGGAUAGCAAGGGAGCUAAGAUGAGUUAUGCCGAAGUACCAAAAGUUAAAGCAGUGAAACGGCAAUAUGAAGUUAGAGGGUCAGAGGGUGGUGCGGCAGUGCCUAAACCUGGUGUAAUAAACCCUAAGGGUGAUAAGGCAGCGACUGUAAAAAGAAAGGCAAGAAAGAUGAGAAAGAUUGUAGAGGAAUUAAGUGAGAGAUUUGAGAUUGAUGGAUAUGACAAUGUCGGGUCUGUAAAGGCUGUGGGUGGAAAUAAUAAGAGAAGCUCUCUGAGGCAAAAUCGGAAAGUAUCUUAUGCAAAUUCUGAGGGGAAUCAAAAGCCAAUUAGUUUUGUGUUCUGGACGUGUUGCGAGCAUUGUGAAUUUAAGCACGGGUUUUUGAGAGAGUGCAUGAACACUUUAAUGCAUUGUUCCAGUUGCCAAAGAUCAUUUGUUGCUGUUGAGACCGGAAAUUAUGAUGUAUCACCCAGAUCAGCCCCUAGUCGGUUUCCUAGACAAAAUGAGGUUCCAAAUCAAGGGCGAGACAGUGUGCCUCUGCGGAACAGUAGCACAGAGCCUACAGGAGGGCGGUCAGGAAACACACCUAUCGAGAUGGAUACAAACCUGAAGCAACCUGCAAAUUCUAAGGGGAACAGAAAGCCGAUGAAUUUUGUGUUCUGGACGUGUUGUGAGCAUUGUGGAUUUAGGCACAGGUUUUUGAGAGAGUGCAUUAACACUUUAAUGCAUUGUUCCAUUUGCCAAAGAUCAUUUGUUGCUGUUGAGACCGGAAAUUAUGGUGUAUCACACAGAUCAGCCCCUAGUCGGUCUCCUAGACAAAAUGAGGUUCCAAAUCAAGGGCCAGACAGUGUGCCUCUGCGGAACAGUAGUGCAGAGCCUACAGGAGGGCGGUCAGGAAAUGCAUCGACCGAGAUGGAUACAAACCCGAAGGAUCCUGCAAAUUCUAAGGGAAAUCUAAAGCCGAUGAAUCUUGUCUGGACGUGUUGUGAGCAUUGUGGAUUUAGGCACAGGUUUUUGAGAGUGUUCAUGAACACUUUAUUGCGUUGUUCCAGUUGCCAAAGAUCAUUUGUUGCUGUUGAGACCGGAAAUUAUGGUGUAUCACCCAGAUCAGCCCCUAGUCGGUUUCCUAGACAAAAUGAGGUUCCAAAUCAAAGGCCAGACAGUGUGCCUCUGUGGAACAGUAGCGCAGAGCCUACGGGAGGACAGUCAGGAAAUGCACCGACCGAGAUGGAUACAAACCUGAAGGAGCCUGGAAAUUCUAAGGGGAAUCUAAAGCCGACGAAUAUUGUCUGGACGUGUUGUGAGCAUUGUGGAUUUAGGCGCAGGUUUUUGAGAGAGUUCAUGAACACUUUAAUGCAUUGUAUCAGUUGCCAAAGAUUAUUUGUUGCUGUUGAGACUGGAACUUAUUGUGUUUCAACCAGAUCAGCCCCUUGUCAGUUUCCAAGACAAAAUGAGGUUCCAAGUCAAGGGCCAGGCAAAGCUGAAGUACCAAAAGCUAAUGCAGUGAAGCGGCGAUACGAAGUUAGAGAGUCAGAGGGUGGUCCAGCAAAGCCUAAACCCAAUGUAACAAACCCUAAGGGUGAUAAGGUAGCAACUGUAAAAAGAAAGGCGAGAAAGAGGAGAAUUCAGAUUGACGGAUUUGAUAAUCUCGGGUCUGUAAAUGCUGCGGAUGGAAAUAAUAAGAGGAGCUCUCUGAGGCGAAAGCAGGUGUCUUAUGCAGAGAAUGGAGGCGAUGACGAUAUUCUAAGCCCUCCGACAAAAAGAUCGAAAUUGCAUAGGGGAUUCAAAUUUGAUGCUGAAGGGGCAUUUCCAUCAAGUAAAGGUGAGAAAAUUGAUAAUGUCUCCGAAGCUGACAGUGAAAAUCCUCAAUCGGAGGAAUUUCCAGAUCCAGAUUUUAGUAAUUUUGACGAGAAAAAGGGCGGAUUCUCUGUCAAUCAAGUGUGGGCUCUCAAAGACUCUCCGAAUGGCAUGCCACGGUUAUAUGCUCAGAUCGAAAAAGUGUCCACUGCCCCGCUUAGGCUUCAGAUGAGUUGGCUUGAGCCUCUACCAGUUACAAAAAACGAGAUCCGUAUUCCGGUUUCUUGUGGAAAGUUUAAGAGCGGGGUAACGGAACAAAUAGAUGAUUUCCGUACGUUUUCUCAUCAGGUGCAUUGUAUCGAACAAGGCUCUCACCAUUUCAUAUACCCACAAAAGGGAGAAACCUGGGCUGUUUUCAGAGAUUGGGACGUCAGUUGGAGUACUGACCCAGCUAGGCAUAAAGAACCGUACGAAUAUGAAUUCGUCGAAGUGUUGACCGACUUUAUGGAGACGCCUGAUGAUGAUAACGGUAUCUGUGGCAUCGGAGUGUACUAUCUUGAAAAGGUGGAAGGAUUUGUUUCGCUCUUUGUUCGGGCAAAACACCGUAAGGUUCUAGCAUGCAUCUUUGAGCCGAGGGAAAUGUGUAGGUUUUCUCACAAAGUCCCGUCGUUCAGAAUGACUGGGACAGAAGGAGAAGGCGUCCCUCCCGGGUCAUUUGAGCUCGACCCUUCUGCUCUACCGAAAGAUAUCUUUGACUGAUCCUCGUAAAGAUGAUGCCAAGAUUGGCGGCCGGAAUCUGGAUGGCAUGGCGGGUGGAGAGAGUGUUUGUUCUCAAAAGAGACGUCGGGAAAUUGAAAGAGAGAAUGGUUCAAUUGCCAAAGUGCCACUGCACGUUUACAAACGGUUUACUCAUGGAGUGAAUAAGAAUUCACCUCCGACGUCAAAGUAAAGCUGACAUGUCUUAAAGUAGCUAACUUCUUGUUUUUCCCAGUAUGGUAGCAGCGGUUCGUUUUCAGACCUCUUUUUUUUUACUUAUUUAUCCAGACGGUUUAGUAACAUUAUGACUGUUAUCGUAUAUUCAAUGAAUGUUGGGUUCAGUUAAAUUACAGAUACA